AUGGCCGAAGCGGGGGCGCGUAAAGGUGGAGAUGAGCCCGGGAAAUUGCCGGAACAAGAAGAGGAGGAGGAGGAGGAGGAAUCCCAGGUUUUGCAUGGAACAGGCCAUUGCAAGUGGUUUAAUGUGCGAAUGGGAUUCGGAUUUAUUUCCAUGAUUAACCGCGAGGGAAGCCCCUUGGAGUCUCCGGUUGAUGUCUUUGUACACCAAAGCAAGCUUUACAUGGAAGGAUUUAGAAGCCUAAAAGAAGGAGAACCAGUGGAAUUUACUUUUAAGAAAUCUUCCAAAGGCCUUGAAUCAAUACGGGUAACAGGUCCAGGUGGGAUUCCUUGUUUAGGAAGUGAGAGACGACCCAAAGGAAAAACAGUACAGAAAAGAAAGCCAAAGGGAGAUAGAUGCUACAAUUGUGGUGGCCUCGAUCAUCACGCUAAGGAAUGUACUCUACCUCCACAGCCAAAGAAGUGCCAUUACUGUCAGAGUAUCAUGCACAUGGUGGCGAACUGCCCACAUAAAACUGUUCCGCAGCAGCCCACUAGUUAUCAGGGAAGAUACGAAGCAGAAUCCCAGCCCUCCACAUCAACGGUCCUGAGAGAAGGAGGAGGGGCUUAUGGCUACAUAUCUCCAUCCUAUUCUCAGGAGGGAAAGGCAGACAUCUUAGAACAUUCAGGCAGGUCACCACAAGAAGCCGCUUCAAGUAAAUUAUCUCCAUCACCUGAAGAACAAAGCCGAAAGGGGCCCUCUGUUCAAAAAAGGAAAAAGACUUAA